AAAAGUAACAUUCAUCUAAUUUUUUAUCUAGCUUUUGAAUUUUUAUAAUGUCCAAUUAAAUCCGGUCUUUAAUUAUGACUCGGGCUGAACCAGUGUGGAAAAUGUGAAACACAUCACACAUUUAACAGGCGGUAAGUUUGAUUGUCUUUCAUUGUCAUAUAUCUUAAUGUUUAAUAAUAAAGAUAAUAAAUAUGAUAUCGCGGUUUACGUAUUUAUAGAUAGUUUACGCCAAAUUCAGUUAGGUGGACAACGUGGUAACAAUGUAAUAUAGUGUAAUAUUAUGUGUUAUGGAAAACUUUAAAAUUUUAACGUGUGAAUGCGGAAAAGAUCUUGCAGUAUUAAAUAAUGAUAAAUAUUAAUUUGCAAGACAACGCAAAGACGGAUUAAUGAAAUGGAAAUGUUCCAAUAACCGCUGUAGUGCCAGUUUAUUAACGAAAAUGGAUAAAACGUUUCAUUCGUCAAAUGGUGAACAUGUAAAUCAUGUAAGUAAUACUAAUUAAAAAAUUGAAAGACAGAUUUUAAGAGAAAAUUCUAAGCGAAAAGUUAAAUAUAAUACAUCUACAAGACUUUUAAAAAUUAUUAGAACUGAGUUACUAAAUAGUGACUUAUCAAAUAUUACGCACGAUGAUAUUACAUUAGUGCGAAAAGCAAUUUAUGACAAGAAGAGAAAACAAUACACAAUUUACCAUACUUCUUUAAAUGAAGUUAUAUCCUAAUUGAAGAAUAUGCAAAAUAACGAUUUAUGUUUAUUUAAAGGUGAUCAAUUUGUUUUUGUUCCUGAAACCAAUGACUUCGUUUGUAUAACAACAUGCCAAAAUUUAAAUUUUAUGUCGAAACAAAUUUAAUUGUUUGGAGAUGGUACUUAUGAUUUUGCACCAACAUUUUUUUCACAGUUAUAUAUAUUACACACAUACGUAAAUGGUUUUUAUGUGCCUAUUGUUCAUUUUUUUUUACCAACCAAAACAAAACAAAUUUACAUUAAAAUGUGGAAGUAUCUUUUGCAAAUAUGUCCAGCUCUUAACAUUCAAAAGCUGCAUUUGGACUUCGAAAUCGGUGCUUACGAAGCAGUCAAAGAAAUAUUUCCAAAUGUCAUUAUUGAAACUUGCCGUUUUCAUUUAGCCCAAGUUUGGUGGAGAAAAAUAAACAGAGAAUCAACAUUAAGAAGUGCAUAUAAAGACAACAAUGAUAAAUUAGGUCAAUGGCUUAAAUUAUUUUUUGGUUUGCCUUUUCUUCUUCCCAUUGAUGUUGAUAAUGCAUUUAUACAACUUAUGGCAAUAUAUCCAGACUUAGAAGUUGGGAGUUUAUUUUCGGAUUACGUGUUAAACACAUACAUUGAACAUGAUUCGCUAUGACCACCUAUUCUUUUGGUACAAGUUCCAACAUUAAAUCAAAGAACCACCAAUGCAACAGAAAGUUUCCACAGAACUUACAACAGGCAAUUUUAUAGUACGCUUCCUCCUAGUAAUUUCUGUUUUAGAGGAAACCCAAACGCAAACCGUAUCAAUAAUGAAGUCAAUUGAAAACAAUAUUAUCAAAAUAAUGGCCAGCAAAGAUUAUGAUCGUAUUAUUUCAAUAAUUAAUGUAUAUAAAGAGUUAACAAACUAAGGACAUUAUAAGGUAUCUAAAAUUAACUGGAAAUAAAUACUUGGGAAAAAAAAUUAAAUUGUAUAUAAAUAUAAAUUUUUUAUUUUAAUCUUAA